AUGGCGAUUUUAUUGAUUUUUGUUCUCGCCUUGAAUCGGUUCUGUGUGCUGAUUGCUGAACGAAUGGAGCGAGUGCUAUUCACAGGGUGGGAAUAUGUCAUUCUUCCAAGUGCAUCCUUUAUCGUUGCCGUUGGUAUGACGGCAAUGGUUAUUUUAUCGUGUGAUGUGGACAGAAUUUAUGUUGAAUGGCUUGGUUUUGUUGAUUCCGUUGGGAAUGCACAAUUGUAUGCGAUAAGCGGACGCUGCUUCCUAAUCUUCCCAGUGCUUUCAUUGGUCCUUCAUAUCGUUAUCUAUUCCUGGAUGAGGAAAAAACAUUCAAGCUCAAGGAUAUCGAGUGUAGUCGAUGGAGCUGAAAAGCAAAUGUGCUUGCAAGUAACACUGCUUGCCCUCUCCGAACUGUUGUUUAUCGCAUCCUUCGCCAUAUUGAAUGUCUUCCUAACCCAGAAAAGCGACUUCUACUUUGUCAUCAGUCUCUAUAAUAUUCUCAGCACAACACCGGAGCUGCUGAUACCGACCUUUGUGCUUUUUGGAACUAAGAAGAUGCUACAUUUUUUCUACAGGUCUUCGAAUAAAAGAGCAGUGUUGAAAGUGCGCUUUCGAAAAAAAGGAACAGAUACCACUUGAUGAAAAUAAAGUUUAAUAGUCUGC